AACAUUUGUCGUAUUUCGGUCUGGACCCUGACAACAUGAUGACUCUCUUGAUUCUGUUGGUUUUUAUGAAUUUGGAUCUGUUUAUGAAGACGGGACACUGCACAGAAUUACGUGACCAGGUUUUCUCUAUCACCACCGAAACUCAAGAACAAGUGGAGGUUUUGAGGAACCUGUCUACUCAAUAUGAGGCAGCUUUAUGGCAGCCUGUUUCACCUGAAUACAUCAAAGAGGAGACUCCAGUCCACCUUUAUGUUCCUGCAAACAGCUCUGAGAUGGUCAAGAACCUGCUGCAGCAACAUGGCAUGACACACGAGAUUUUGCUAGCCAACGCCGGAGAGCUGAUCGAACUGCAGAUGAAGAACGUCUCCACUGACCCAAGGAGUGGCUCCACUUUCUACGAGAAAUAUCACUCCCUGGAAGAUAUCUACAGUUGGGUAAAUAGGACCGCACAUGACAACCCCAGCACAGUUAAAGCCAUCCUUGUUGGCUCCUCAUUUGAGAAGAGACCCCUCUACGCCCUAAAGCUGUCUCUGAAUAACAGGCCGAACAAAAAGGCCAUGUGGAUCGACUGCGGGAUCCAUGCCAGAGAGUGGAUCUCUCCUGCUUUCUGCUUGUCGUUCGUACAUCACUUGUUGUCUUUUUACAAGCAAAUUCAGGACAUAACUGACAUUCUGGACAACAUGGAUGUUUACGUCCUGCCUGUCCUGAACCCUGACGGAUACGAAUACACCUGGACAAAAGACAGGCUGUGGAGGAAGAAUCGUUCCCGUAACAGGAGCACAAACUGCAUCGGAGUCGACUUGAACAGAAAUUUUGAUGCAAACUGGUGUACGGAGGGAGCCUCUCACAAUCCCUGCUCCGAGAUCUACUGCGGCGCCUUCCCUGAGUCCGAACCUGAGUCGCAGGCUGUGGCCGACUUCCUGCGCCACCACAAAGACUCGAUUCAUCUCUACAUCAGCAUCCACUCCUACUCUCAGAUGCUGCUCUUCCCAUACUCCUGCACCACAGAUGAAGCAGAGAAUCACAGUGAUUUGCUUGAGAUAGCCAAAGAAGCUUCUGACAACAUCAGGAGACAUUAUCGAAACAAUUAUUUAUAUGGUUCAGGAGCAAAGACCAUAUACCUGGCUCCUGGUGGUUCUGACGACUGGGCAUACAACCUCGGCAUCAAGUAUUCCUUCACCUUGGAGCUCCAGGACCGCGGACGCUACGGCUUCCUGCUGCCACCGUCUAAAAUCGACCGUGCCUGCAAAGAAGCUCUAACAGCUGUGAAGACCGUCGCUCUGAAGGUCAUUGAGAAAACUCAAACUGUGACGAGUUCAGCUGCUGGAGCUGACUGACCUGCAGACAAGGGUUCACUUGUUUUGUGUGAUUAAAACCUUUUAAAACAGAUGCAUCAUGAGAAGAUUUAGAAUAUUUCAGGUGUUUGAGAUUGUCUAAUAGAUGUCCUUUUGUGUCAGUACAUGUGCACAAGGAUGGAAAUAGAAGUAACUCAUCUUAAUUAUUUUUUUUAUUAAAAUGUUUACCUGUUUAAAAUAAA